AUGGUCAAUCAACCAGCUUCGACAGUUAAUGAGCAACGUAAUGAUGAUCUGAUAUUUUCCCACCUAAGCAAAGUUGAAGAUUUUAUCAUCGCUGAUAAACAACGUACAGAAACACUUUCAAACUAUGUGAAACAUUUCUCCGAUCUCAAAUGUUCGCUCCUUCCAUCAUCAUUCGCUACUGUUGCGCCCUUGUCCGUUCAUGUACGUGGCUUUGACUCUGAACAAAUCUAUCAACAAUUAAAGUCAAUCAAUGAACCGCGAUUGAAACCAUUCAUAGCUACGCUCGUUAAAAGCAAAACGAAACAAAAAACAUUUGGAAAUUUACUUAGACCGCCUUCACCCGAAGAAGCACUUGUUGAAAAAGAUGAAGAUGACAAUGAUGAAGAAGAAGAAGAAGAAACACCGCUACCACCACCGAAAAAAGCACAAAAAAAGAAAAAAUCCGUCACAUUCUUUGAUUCACAUGCAUUGAAUAAAUUUCUCGAUGAACAAGAUCGUCAAGAAAUGUCAAAUAUGAAUGGAAAAGGGACUAACGACGACGAAGAUUUUGAUGAUUUGGAAGAUGAUGAUGAUGGCGAUGAUCUAUUGCUCGAUGAGGACGAUGAAGGUGCACAUUACGAUAGUUUCUUUGAUCCACCCACUGAAACUAAACAAAAGAAGAAGAAGAAGACGAAAGACAAACAAGAAGAGAUUGAAGUUGAUGACGAUCAUGCGGACAUGAAUAACGAAGCACAAGACGAAAACGAUGAAGAAGAAGAUCUCAAUCUCGAAGAUAAAUCCGACUUUGAAAAACAACAAAUUCUAUUAAAACGCCAAAUAAAGUCAAUUGAAAAAGACAUGCUAAGUGCUAAACCAUGGCAAUUAACUGGAGAAAUCGAGGGUCAAAAACGACCAGAAAGUAGUUUAUUAGAAGAAUAUUUACAAUACGAACGAACAACCCGAUUACCGCCUACGAUUACGACUGAAACAACGGAUUCGCUUGAAGAAUUAAUCAAACAGCGCAUUCGCGAUCGGGCUUUUGAUGAUGUUGAACGAAAGAAGAAAACACCGCUGGGUGAUGAAGCACAGGCAUAUAAGAAAGAGAUUCUUCUCGAACAUGAAAAAAGCAAAAUGAGUUUAGCUGAAGUUUACGAACAAGAAUAUUUGAAGAAACAAACAAACGAUAAAACAGAAAAGAAAGAUGAACGACAUGAAAGUAUUCGACAAAUGAUGCAGGAUCUAUUUGUUGAUCUUGAUGCAUUGUCCAACUUCAGAUUCACACCACGACCACCUGUACCGGAAGUGACUGUAGUGAACAAUUUACCUGCUAUCCUAGUAGAGGAAGUUGUACCAACAACAGUGAACGAUUCAACGUUACUUGCACCUGAAGAAGUUCAUGUAAGAUCCAAAGGUGAUGUGAAAGCAUCAAGUGAACGAACAGAUACGGAUAAGAAACAUGCAAGACGUUUGCUCAAACAUAAACUCAAAUUAAAAGCAAAAGAGAAACCAAAGAAGACCAAUCCAGAAGAAGAAACUAAGGAAGAAAAACGAAAUCUUUUGAAAAAACUCGGUAAAAUGAAGAAUGUGCGCAUUGAAAAGACGGAUAAGAAACACUCUAAAGACAAACCAGCGCGAAGUUCCACAAAAUUUUUUGAGCAACUUCAACAAUCGACAUUAACAGCACCAACGAAGAAACAACGUCGCAAUGAUAAUCCAGCAGCUACAGAUUCGAAGCGAUUGAAACUGUAG